ACUCCGUGUUUCUCAUUAUUCAGAUGUGAAGUCAAGGGUGCAGUAGCAACCAGCCUGAGAUAAGGGUGCUGUUCUCGGACAGAAGGAUGUCGGACCUCACUCUUUCCAAAGAGCUCCCUGAUGUGAGCCAAGCUGCAGCUGAAUUGCCAGAUGCCUUUGAUUUAUCCCUGAAUGAUGAUGCCAGCUCUCUGGGCUCCGACUCUGAGCUGAAUGGGAUGCCUCCAUAUCGCCAAGCUGAUCGCUAUGGCUUCAUCGGGGGCAGUAGCCUCCAGAACGGGUAAGGCAGGCCUUCUGUUGCAAAGACCAUGGGGAAAAGGGGGAGGAAGCUUUGGGAGAAGGCGAAGCAGCACUUUUUGGAAAAUGACAUUGAAUACCUCUGCAUGGUAGCAGUUUUCAAGAUGGUGGGACACAUUAUGCCCCAGUAUUAUCAUUUCUAGAUCCUUGCUUGUUUGUAAAGGCAGGCACAGGUUUCUGGAAUGUGAUGAGCAUCAUCCUUCUGAAGGAUACUCUCGUUCUCAUCUGGGUCCACAGAUCCCAGAAUAAUAAUCCUUAAUUUCAUUAGCAAGAAAUGUGAUUUAAAACCAAGGGGAAGAAACGUAUAAUUAUUGCUUCCAGUUUUGUUUAGGUAGCUCUAAAACACAUAUUGAUAACUGUGAAAUGAAAAAGAAGAAGAAGAAUGGAUCAGGGAAUGUGAUCCACUCCCAUAUUUAAUUUAAAUGAAUUGUGGCUAUUUGCGAGACUAGGAAUGGGUUUUAUUUAUGGAGAGGAUGAAAAGGGGUCAAGAUCCCUGGUACUUAAUUCUAAACCUUCUUUCAUCUUUCCUUCCCUUUUCUACAGAAAGAAAUUCACAACACACAAUAGAUGACGAUGACAAUAAUAAUAACAAUAACAACAACAAUUAUAAUAAUAAGCCACCCAUCUGACUGGGUUGCUCCAGCCACUCUGGCCGCUCCCAACAAAAUAUUAAAGACACAAUAAACCUAUAGUGUGGUCCCAGGUUUAUUAUGUAGGAAAAUGUGGCUCUCCAGAUGCUGUUGACUCCAAUCCUAUUAGCCCCAACCAUCAGUGCCAAUGGUUAGGGUUGGAUUCUAGCAACAUCUGGAGGGCCAUAAGCUUCCUGUCCCUGAUGUAGGAGGACAGAAAUCUUGGCUCAGCUCAAACAAUCCAUAGAACUAGCAAAAAUGCAUCCAGUCAGAUCAAUGGGGCUUCCCUAACCAUUGUGACAGACGUGCUCUUCUCAUCUGCAUCUUUGUUAACUGGGAACAUGGAGGCCUGUUUCCAUAUGUAUAUCUCAUUUGCUGGAGCAGGACAGUGGCUAUCGCCUUGCCUGGGGAAACAGAUAAUUAUCGCAGAUUCAAAAUUUGAUACCUGUUAACACUUCUACAGUUCAGCAUACUUCCAUGAAUAACGUAUUGGCCAAUUGUACAAUUGGUGUCAUCAAUUUGUCUCAUUAUCUAGUUAUUUCUUUAUGAUUUUUUCUUAUUAUAUAAUUACAUAUGAUCCUCCUGGCUCUCUCUGCUGCAGACAUUGGUCAUAGCCCAACAUAUUCAAAGUAUUAUAUGACCCUGUAUCACCCCAAAUAAUUUUUUCCCCAAACUUUAUUCAGCAUUCUGUGUGUUAUUUUGACCUUCCUUGGUGAAGCUAUACAAACUGCGACAGACUGGAGAUGUACCUGCUUCAUGUGUACUCUAAUGGCAAUCUUGAGGCAAUCUGAAAUCUCAUUUCUUGCAAAACUCCCCUCUUGUCUUGAAAUUGAUAAGGUCUUAUUCAAUAGUUAAUUUAUUCAAGGUUGAAUUCUUCAUAGGCCUAAUGCUUAACAGGAAAACCCCAGGGGAUGGUUGGAAAAUGAAAGAAUUCUGGGCACUGUAAAUAGCUAAGGGGUCCUGGGAAUUGUAACUCUGUGAAGGGUAAACUAUAGUGCCCAGAAUUCUUUGAGGGAAAGAAUGUGCUUCGAAUGUGCUUUAAAUACGGUAUAUAAUUUCUUUGCAGUCAUAUAGAAACAGGCCCAUGUGUUGUUGUUUUCUGCCUGGUCAGUUGCCUUCCUUAAAUCACCAUCUCAACCCUAUCUUUAUUUUAUUACAGUUAUUUGCAAUGGGGAAAUGGCUGCAGUAGGUAAGGUUGAUAGAUGCUGUUGAUUGGGAUGGUAUAAUUUGAAACAAGGACUUCUAAGAUGUAGAGGGAAUGCAGUCCAUAGGCUUCAUUUGUCAAGCUUCAAUACUCCAGGAAUAUUUUCAGUGCAGGGAUAAAACUGCUUAGCAAAGUGGUUGCAUGUAUUGGAAAAGACAGAAAGCGGUGCAGGGGAAAUUAAAAAGCAAUCCAGAUUGACAUUUUGCAUAAUGGAACUCAAGAGAAAUUGAACCAAUCAUUGUUGCUUGCAGUCUAGAAUUUAGGUAGCUAGUAGAGAGUGGGGAGAUCAAGUCUUGGGGGAAACAGAUUGCCCACCUCCCUCCCUUACUUCUGCAUAGCUCACCCUUUAAUGCUUGUCCCAUUUUCUGUGGUUUGCUUUUAGGUACACCACUUAGAUACGUAAAUGAUUACAUCGUGUACAAGUGCGAUAAAUAAAUAAAUGAAACAAUGCAAUGCAAAGUCGUCUUGGGAGCUCUCUGCAAUAUUACUCAUGUAUGCAUAUUAAUACUAGAUAGAUUCUCUCGCUGGCUUGAAGUUCAACUUCUAACAGGGCUAUAAAGACUGGGCUGGAAUGAGCAAUGGACCGAAUGUUAAGAUUUACUGUAAGGUAGAAGGAGAAGCCUCCAUAGGAAAAUGUCUCUGCCUACCUAUGAACUAACACUUCCUGUUAUAGCAAUCAUGAGUGGCCACAUCCUCUCACUGUGUCCAUGACAACUUGUGCGCCAUGGCAACAGGGGUGGUUACAGUGGUUAGUGACAAGAUUUCUUCAACUUGCCUGCGUGCAAGGCAUACUGCACUGGAGAUUCAGAAGCCCUGCAAAUCUACAUCAGUUUGACACAUACACUGCAAAUCUGCAUCAGUUUCGAUGCAACUUAAUACAACUUUAGCUUUCAUAACUUCCCCCAAGGAUCAUAGAAAACUGGAGUUUAGUUAGAUGCUGAGACUUUCCUGUUAAAGAUAAAAAGUUUUUCCCUUCUCCUGGCCAAUGUACAAUUUUCUUCCUGGGAAAGAGAGCAUGAAAGUCAAAUUUAUUAAAAGGCUGCUUCUGACCAUCUAUUUAUUGAACAUUCAUUCUGAUUUGCCUGCACAAAGCUUACGCGUAAGUUAGAUAAUAUCCAGCCUUUAUUCAACAUUCUUUCUGAUUUGUUUAGUUACAAUGACAGUGAUGCUUCAUCCUGAUUUGCUUGCAGGAUGCUAACAUGUCUUCCCAUUUUUCAUUCCACAAUUUUCAGUGCAUUUCUCUGUCACUCAAGGAACACGACACAUAAAAACAGAACUGUAAGGAGCCAUGCUGUGUCUCUGGAUCUACAAAAUCGAGUAUUUCUGUAGAGGGGUGGGGGAGAAACCAAGUAGCCAACCCCCCAACCAUAUUUUAAGAUUUAAUCAGUGUUUACUUGCUCAUUACAUUAUUUGUUUAAGGCUGCUCUGUAUUUGCUUACUAAUUACAGUUAGAACUUAAACCGAGAGGGCAGAAAGUAGGCAGAAAGUAGAUCGGGAUCAACUGGUAGAUCUCUGGCUAAUCUGCAGUAGAUCAGCAACAGCUGUCAACAACAGAAAAGCUUUCUCCUUUCUGAUUAGGCUGCUGAAAAAGAAAAGCAGGGGAAGGAAACGGGAACAGAUUUGUGUGCAAAGGGACAUGUGAAGUUGGUUCUGCUACUGCUCACAAGUUCCUAGGCUGAGCAUGUGCUCAGAAACAUCCUGCUUCUUAAUUCUUAGCAUAUGCCUGCCUGCCUGAGUCACUAUUUGGCACCGAGUUCCAGCUGAUGGGCCUCGGGUUUCUAAGAGAAAAACCCAAAGUGGAUCCCACAGACCUGAAGUGCAUGGGGCUGCCUUUGACUGUUUGGAAAUCACAAACAGAGCAGAACAUGGUGGGUAGAUCCAUAACUGGGACAAGAAGAUGUGAAUUUAUAGCACUGGCAGAGCCAUCUUUACCAUUGGUCUUAGUGGUUCGUUGUGCCAGGGCGCUGGCCUCUCAGGGGCGCCCAUAGAGUGGGGGAGCUGUGCGGCUUUGCCGGCAGCCUCCCCUUUCCCUGCACGCCUGCCAGCUGCGCCCCGCCAACUAUAUGGCUGGCAUGCGUGCGGCUUCCUUCCUAAACCUCUGCAUCUGCUAAAGACGGCCCUGCUUCUGGUCGUUGUCCUCCUCCUGCUUCCUGGCAAAAGGCAGUGUGCAGCCUUCCUGGGCUGCCUUCUCUGGUGCCCCAACGCUGGAGAGCAUGUCCGCCAGCACGUUUUCCUGCUUGAUCGCUGCCACCAGGCCAGGGAUCAGGGCAGUGGGGGAGGCAGAGGACAUUUUCCACUGCCCCCUCCCUUGUUUUGGAGUUGCUGGAGGGGGCGCCGGAGGGAUCUUUGCACCACGGCGCUGGAUAUGCUUAAGACGGCCCUGAGCACUGGUUCUGACAUUACUAUGUUAGCUGCUGAUUUGUUUCCAGGCCCAAUUAAAAGUGCUGUUUUUUUACUUUUAAGGUCUUAUAUCACUCAGGACCGCUAAAUCCAUAGGAAGCUGCCCAGAACCCAAGAUCAUCAACAUCCUGAGGCCUGUCUCUGUGGGUGGCAAUGAGUGUGCUUUUUCUGAAGUAGCUCCCUGUAGUAGUGGCCAUUUUUGCAUUUGCACCUCAAAGGAAAGUGGUUCUGAGGUAGAUCUGAAGGAAUGACAACUUGCCUCAUUUUUACAUUAGUAUUAUUUGAUUCGUUUGUUGCCUAAUACAUAGCAGCCUCUAGAGGAACUGCUAAUAAUUUUAAAAUGCACUAAAAAAAUUUAUAAGCAGCCCUCAAUAAAUUAAACAUUGUAAGAUUGGCCAGGUGCAUCUAAAGAGACAUGAUGGAUGCGUUAAAAAAGAAAGUGGCCAAUAAGUGAGGGAAGAGGAAGAUGUCUUCAGCCUCGUUCUUGUUUCUCCCACAUAUAGCCUAGGGCAGCCCACAGUUGAGCUCAUCCGGCACCGUGAGACCAAGUGGCUGGAGAUGACAAGUCAUUGGGAGAAAACCAUGGCCCGGCGUUACAGAAAGGUAAGAGGAAAUUGGAGAUAAUUUGCUUUAUUGUUGAUACUGCUAUCCUCUUUAAAUGGAGCAUUUGAUGAAUCCCAUUAGGAUCAGAAAAUAACGUUCACAAGGAGUUUCUCUCACUGACUCAUAGACAGAGAACAACAGCCCAUAUUCUGCCUACACAAUGGAAAUUUGCUCUACAUUUUUAGAGACAUGCUCCUCCCCUAGCAAGGGUAUUCACCAGCCUUUUUAAAUCUACCCUCCCUGAUCUUCCUCCAAAUACUAGCACGGUGAGAAGAGAUCAUGGCAGAAUAUGGUUCAAGCUUGGUGGAAGUUGUAGUCUAGCAACAUCUGGAGGACCAUAGGUUAACCAUUCCUGUUUAGGAAAAGAAUGCAACCCCAUUCAGACCAGGUUGAAUACCACCUCCUCUGAUUGAUAAACCACAUAUCCACAGUACCUCCAUCUUGUCAAGGAGACUGAGUUUUAGUUUAUUGAUCUCCUAACAUAUGCAUUUUUUUUUACUGAUAUCAUUGUGGUUUAUAUGUUAUUGUAUAUAUUGUUGUACACUACCAUGUUAUAUGUUGUAUGAAAUGACAAUAUAUACUCUCAGAAUAAAUGAAUCCAAUAUAUACUCUCAAAAUAAAUUAUUCCAGUCCAUUACUGGUCCCAGACGCCAAUCUAGCAUUUCUGCAGCCUUAACAAAAUGAAAUGUAAAGGAGAAACAGAGCUGGGAAUCAUCAUCAACCACACACCGAUGACACCUUGCACUUGACUCUCAUUCAGGGGUUUCGUGUGGAUGUUAAAAGGCAUGGGAAACAAGAUGGACACUUGCCAGCUAUCUCUGGCCCCAGCCUUGACUGGCUCUAUGAUGGGCCUGCAUUUGGGUCCACCUUAUGAUGGAGCAUUGUACAGGAUCACUGUUUUACUGAUGAGGUCUGUUGGCUCAGGUAAAGCUGCUAUGCCGGAAGGGGAUCCCUUCAUCCUUACGUGUCCGCUGUUGGCCUCUGCUGUGUGGAGGACAAGCCAAAAUGAUGAGGAACCCCGGAAAGUACCAGGUGAGGGCGCAUCUCCUGCAGCUGUACUUGCACUCUGACAUUCCUGUAGGUCUCUGCUUGCUGCAGUUUCUGCCAUUACUCACCUCCUCAUCCUCUUCUUCCAUGUCCUCUUCCUGUAAACCCUCAUUUCAUUUCAUGGUUCGUUGGGCAACCCAUCACCUUGUUCUUGCUGGCUGAGAUUGCUGAUUUGGAUAGUUUACAUUAUCAUCUGGUGGCUGCCCAGACAUAGUUAAGGCUAGAGCAGUUCUCAUAGCAAAUAAGGAAUGCUGUGCAGUGCAGUAUAAUGCUACAAACAAUUACCUUGAAGUAAGUCUCCUUUAAGAUAAUGGAAUUUAAGUCAACAUGCAUAGGAUUGGGCUGUUAAACUUGCUGUUCUUCAUUCUGGCUAGAAGGAAACCUUGACCUUGCCAUUGUUUAUUCCUUUGCAUGUUUCCACUUAUUUAAUCAACUCAUAUACUGCCUUUCAGGGCAAAGCUUUCUCAAGGCAGCUCACAAACAAUCUAUGGAAAAACAAUUUGAAACAAUGUUUAAAUACAUCCAAAACAACCCAAUUACAAAACUAAAACAGCAGCAGAUGAAAAGCCCAGCAAUUUUGGUAAAAUGUAGAUGAUUGAAACAACAACAAAAGUUAUCUAGGUCUGUUUGCGGCUAAAAAAGUUGGAACUAUAUAUACUUCCUUCAGGAAUAGUCUGUGUCUUCAGCAUGUGUGUAUGUGUGUCUGUGUCUGUGUGUGUGAUCUCUCCUGAAUCUAGUAACCCUUCUAUCCAGGUCAUUCUGAAAGUAGUUUGUUGUUGUAGGAGCUGCAGGAGAUACCUGGUGAUCCUCAGUGGGUGGAGACCAUCAGAAAGGACAUUCAUCGCCAGUUCCCUUUCCAUGAGAUGUUUCUGUCCCCUGAAGGGCCUGGGUAAGUGAAGGGCUAAUAAUGUGAACGGGAGAGGCAGAUUAAUUUCUGAAUAGACUACCAUAGGGUUUAAAGUUUCCUGAAUGCAGCGUAAGAAACACUUUUAAAAUAAAAUGUAAACAUGCUUCUUCUGUAAGCUAUAUGAAAGUGAAAGAAGGCUAGGCUGGCUGUGCUUCUUCAUUUAAUGUGGAGGUUUCAUGGAAUCUUGCUGUAGAACUUGAACAGGGGAGCACACAUCCAAACUUUAAAUGAAAACAAAACUGGACAAAUACUAGUAAAUGGGCUUCUGACACUCAUUCCCACAACAAAACAGUUUUGGUGUUCCUUUUCCUUUUAUAUUUAAACAGAAUUCUUGAACGGGUGUACUCUACCAUUCUCCAGUUGCCUAGGUGCAGACAUGGGGUUGUAUUCAACGUAACACUCAAGUGAAUUUCUCCUUGUGCAAUGGGACAUUCUUACCCCUUUGGUCCCUCUGUGCACUCCCUAAAUCUGUUCUAGGGCUUCCUCCAACCCUUCAGAGCAGAUCUGGAGAUGGCCGGGGGCAGGGGGAGGAGGAAUCCCUUUGUACUUAGUGGCCAUCCUUGUGUGCACAUGCAACUAUUUUGUUGAACGCUGCCCACAAUCUCCGUGUUUGAGGAAGGAACCAUAGCUCAGCGGCAGAGUAUGCAGCAGGUCUCUGGUUCAACCCUUGGCAUCUCCAGAUAAAAAGCAUUAGGUAGCAGGUGAUGGAACAGAUAUUUACUUGAGAACCAGGAGAACUGCUGCCUGUCAAAGUGGACAAUACUGGGCUAGAUGGGCAAGCAGCCUGAUGCGAUGCAGGGCAGCUUACUAUGUUCCUAUUACAGUUUCAUUUCUCUGGCUUUGAUAGCAGGGAAGUGAAAUGCGCAAAUUUCCAAGCCUGAAGUUCUAUCACAUGUUGUGAGUUACAGGAGAGCCUCACAAAGUAAAGCAAACCUGUGGCUGGAGGCAGGGGCGGAGGAAGGGGGGUGCGGUGGGUGCGGUCCACCCUGGGUGUCACCACUGGGGGUGACAAAAUGCCGGGCAGCACUCACUGCGGGGCCUGCAGCACGCCCAAGCCAUGCAUCUCACCUGGGAGAGACGCGGUGGCUUGGGCACGCGCAGGCUCCACGCUGCCCAAACGGUCCACCUGCUGCCUCCCUUCAGUUGUAGGGCAACAGAGUGGGAGGAGGCAGGCAGACUCCGGAGGCCCCAUGGUGCGCCCCACCCCUUUGGGCAGCUCGGCCUGUCCUUGCCCUGCCCCUAUGGGCAGCUUGCCCCGCCCCAGGUGCCCAAGCGGCUUCCUCCACCACUGGCUGGAGCACACUUUACACACACAGUCUCUGUCCAUGAGAUCACAACCUGGAAGGCCUUGCCAACAGCAGCCAAGUUGCCUAAGUUCCCUCCAGAGACAAAGCAGCAAAUUGUAUCUGUAUUGCCUUUAAACGUGGCUGCAAAAGACGCACUCUUACGCCAUUAAUAUUAAUGGAGACACACAAGAGGGAAUCGUCACCAUGCUGAUGCCCUGCUUGUGAGUUUUCAGGGGCGUCUGGCAGACCUGCGGCAGAGACCGAAGGCUGGAGGAGACGAACAUGAAUUAGUAGCAAGGCAGUCCUGAUGUUCGUAAUGGACAUUUAUUUACUUGUAGGCAUCCGGGGAAGGUGGGUUGCACUUGAGAGCACAUCCAGUGCAAUUUGAAUCUCCCAGAAACCUUGAAGACAGAACACAAACAAAACAAAUAUCAAAAUUAUUAGAUCAUUAGAGUAUAAUUAUUUCAGCCACAGUUAAAUACUUGCACACAAUCUAUCACCCUGUAGCUGAGGGGCAGGGAAGCUGAUGUUGUUGGGCGACAACUCCCACUAUAUGACCCUUGACCCUAGCCAUGCUGGCUGAGGCUGGUGAGUUUUGAAAGUCAAACAACAUAUGGAUGGCCACAGAUUCCCUGUCAGGCUAACAGUGCAAUCCUAUACAUGUCUAUGCAGAAGCAAGCCUCACUGAGUCCAAAUAGGAUUUCAGCCUCAGAGUACCUAAUCUGUACUGCACUCCUAUCUAUAUUAGCAUAGCGCUCUCUCUCUCCCUCUCCCUCUCCCUCUCCUCCUCACAGGCAACAUGAACUUGUUUCCUUUUGAUAUAUUGGCAUGUGAUCAGAGGCAGGGGGGAGGUCGCACAUGGGAAGCCCUGUUUCAUUGUCUUCUGAAACACACUGAAGCUUUCUAUAAAGUACAGGUUGCGAUUUCCGCUUGGAACAAGGGGACCGUGUGACACUAUAGUAACCAACCCAAGGGAGCCCUGCUUCUCUUUUUGUUUCAUUUCCUCUAGGGGGAGCCAAAGAGCCUUUAUUCCUACAUGCAGCUGACAUAGUUCAAUCCAUACGUAGUUCAAACUUCUUUUUUUGUUUCCUCUUUGUUUUUUGUUUCCUCUUACGUCAUUUUGUUUCCUCUUGUCAUUUUAGCUACCUUGUUUCAUCAUUAUCAUUUUAGUACUAUCUAAUGUACGUACUAAGACUGGGUUCUUAUUUUUCUCUGAUGCUGCUGGCAUAGAAAACUGCUUUAGCCCAAGUCAGAUUCUUUGCCCCAUCUAGCCCAGUGAUUGUCUAGUCUGGCUGUUGUGACAACAGAAGGACCCAACUGCUGUGGAGGAAUCUAAGGAGACAUCCAAAAUAGUUUUUUCAGACCUGGGACCCACCUUUAACCCAGACAUGCAUUUGGGAACCCAUUUCUUCUUGUGUUUUUACUAUAUAUUUGCCUGGCGACAGUGCUGCUGUUCCUACCCACCCCAGUUCAGGCUGGAACUCAGUAGUGGGUCCUGACCCAGCUCCCUUUGAAGACCAGUGAUCCAAAACACUCUUCCUGCAUUGCCAGAAUGCGGCCAAACAGACAGUGUGCAUGCCCUGGGACUAUAAUAAACAAAUCAGUAAUCCAGAUUCUGCACACAGAACAUCAGCUAUAUAUGCAUACACUUAUUUCCUUUUCAUAAUUAUUUUAGGCUUUAGUUUUUCAAACAAAUUGGAAUGAUCUAGCAAGGAUUGGGAUGGAAGAGAUUAGAAAACAAAGGUGGGGGGGAGAAAAGGGCAUCAAAUGUGGUAAUAGGUGGGCAGAGGGACAAAAGAAUAGUAGCUGCGGCAGAAGGAGAGGAGUGGGGGGAACCACUUUUAAAAGCCAUGAAAAACAAGGAGGAAAUAGAGCAGGAAGGAAGGAAGAUUGAUGGGGUGGAUGAACAGGGUAGCUUCAAAAGCUGUUGGUGUAUACAUGAAAUGAGGUCAAGCCAUGGGUUGUACUAUUUCACUGACCACUUGGAAGAGAUGCUUAACGCUGCAUUUGUUAUCUCAUUUCCUCCUUCCCCCCUCUCCUCCACAAGCAUGAGAGCUGGCAAUUGAGGGUUGCUUGUUUCUAAAUGACAUUCUUUAGGAUGCCCAAUUCCAAGGCAGCUGACUCUGUUUAUUCAUUUAUUUAUUGGCAGUAUUUAUAAGCUAUUUCAUAUUCAAAUGUCUAAAGCAGUUUGUACACAUAGGGCUUUAUCCAAAGGAGGGCUGAGUAAUGUGUCUCAUCAGUGCAAGUGAUUCCCCCCUCUCCUACCCCAUGUAUCUCCUAAAUCUGUUCUAGGGGUUCCCCCAACCCUCCAGAGCAGAUUUGGGGAGAGUGGAGGUGAGAAAGCCCUGCUGUGCUACUGGAAGUCCUUGCAUGGGCUUCCUCUAACAGGACCAGUUCAUUGAAUCUGGCCUGUGGUCUAAUGUAGGACAACAGGAAAGUGGAGCAGGUUUGCUUUUUCUGGCUGGAUUGGAUGGGUGUAACUAAAUGUAAGGCUGUGUCAGUGAAUUCCGGUCUUUUCUCUAAGCCUCUGUUCCCUUACAGGCAGCAAGGACUCCUGCAACUACUGAAAGCCUACACUGUGUAUCGGCCCCAGGAGGGUUACUGUCAGGCCCAGGGGCCGCUAGGUGCUCUGCUGCUCAUGCACAUGCCUGCAGAGGUGAGUCUCAGGCCAAGUUACACAUACUGUCUGACUUUAUCUGAUCCAAAACCAAGUUUGUGUGUCUUCAGGGCAUGCUCUCACCCCAAAAAAGCACUGGGGGGGGGGCGCGAGUGCAGUGUGAGAGCGUGCAAGAUCACAACACCCAAAAUAGGCACCAAGAUAUUGCACAAAAAGAAUGGGAUGUCUGGGAUUUUCCAUGGCACUUGGAAGGGAUGCCCUUUGUUCCUAUUGGUAUCAUGAUUCCUUCCUCUUCUUUAUUAGCAUCUUUUCUCUCAUUCUUCCCAUCACAUUCCUUUCCCUUCCCUCCUGCCUCCACACCCCCCCCCCCAUUUGCCUGAAAGUUUCACUAAUUCAGCCUACUUGUCCUUUCCAGCAAGCCUUCUGGUGCCUGGUGCAGAUCUGCGACUGCUACCUGCCUGGCUACUACAGCCCCAAGAUGGUAAUAGACUGGGGGAAGGAGGCGAGUCCUCCCUGGGGCAACAGGAAGUGAGCAGUUGUGACGCUGAGUCAGGGACAUUUCCCACUGAGGGCAGAGCUGUGUAGAAAUCCCUAAACUUAUCUUCUGAGAGCGGUUGUCAGAUAAUUUGGGGGAGGGUGGAGGUGCUGUUGGACUACAACUCCCAUCAGCGCCACCCAACAUGGUCACUUGCGAGGAGUCCAGCAACAUCUGAAGGACAGCAGGUUGGGGAAGAUUGAUCUAGGAUUAUUGUGGGUGGGGGUUGAAUUGGUGGGGGAAGAGAAAGGUCUGAUUUGUAGGGCCUCCAUCUCAAGUACUAGUAGGGCCACCACCAUUUUGAAGAUACGGCUUUUGCACAUUUGAAUAGCUGAAUAAAAGACAGGGAUUCAAGAGCUGCGGCGCGAUGACUGUGAGGGAAUCGUCAGCAGUUGCCUUUUGGCCUGUCCCACAGCUGCUGAGGUGCAAGAGUUCUGCCAGAUAAAAUGGGCAACAUAGACUCCGGAAACAGUUUCUGGCAAAUUAGAAAGAGCCAUUCAUUUUGAAAGAUGCAAAAGGUGGAGUUUGUGGGUUAUGAUGGGAUGAAGUCCUUCGGGACAGUAUCUGAGAACAUGUGACCAACCAUAUAUUUAACCACGACAUUUUCUCUCCCUUCUCCUGCAGGAAGCGCUGUUGCUGGACAGCGAAGUGUUUGUUGCCCUUCUGCGCCGGGUGUGCCCCAAGGCGCUUAAGCACUUGCAGAAGCAUGGCGUGGGCCCUCUGCUCUACAUGCCAGAGUGGUUUCUGUGCCUCUUUACCCGCAGCCUGCCCUUUCCCACAGUGCUGAGGGUGUGGGAUGCCUUUCUCAGUGAGGGUGAGUGCCUGUCAUGGACUUAAGGAACUGUGGGCCUAUUCAAAGGGUGGAGGAAGAGAGAAUCUGUGGGCGAAACAUCACAAGGCCUCAAUGGAGUGGUUAGAGUUGGCAGAGGCCUAGGUGAGAAAUGUUUGUUUUGGAGCAUAGAAACUUAGGAACCUGCCUUUUACUGAGUCAGGUCAUUCGUCCAUCUAGCUCAGUUUUGCCUACAAUGGCUGGCAAUGGCCCUUCAGGGUUUCACACAGAUGUCUCUCCCCAGCCCUACCUGGAGAUGCCAGGGAUUGAACUUGGGACCCUCUGUGUACAAGGCGGAUUGUCUACCUCUAAGCUACGUGUUACACCAAAGGUCCCACCUCUAGCUGAAAAGGUCAGGUAGCCGGUGAUGUAGAAGGUGUUCUCUGGCCAAGACUCUGCCAAGAAGAAGAGACAGAUAAACAAGUAGCCUGGCCUAGUAUAAGGGAGUUUCUGACCAUAUCUGAGUGAAUCUGCCCCGAUUUUUCUUCUGCAGGGAUCAAGGUGCUGUUUCGUGUGGGGAUGCUGUUGAUCCGCUUGGCCCUGGGCUCCUCAGAGAAACUACGUGACUGCGCAGGGGUGGUGGAGACCCUGGAGAAGCUGCGCAGUAUCCCAGCUCACCUCCUGCAAGAAGACACAUUCAUGGCUGAGGUAGAAACCACUGGAGCUCCUCUUCCUGGGACUUUUACCCAGUCUACUGAAUUGCCAUCAGCAGCAACAGGAGAUCAUCCUACACCUGGGGUCGGGGACCUGUGGCCCCUCCAACUCCCAUUAAUGCCCCCGCCCUGCCAGCAUGGCCAAUGGCCAGGGGUGAUGAGAGCUGUUGUCCAGCAACAACAGGAGAGCCACAGGUUCCUUAUCCCUGCCCUACAUUUAAAUUACCUGCAGCUCCCUUUCUUGUUUCUGUCUGCAUCAGAUACAGCAGGAUCCCUCUGUGUGUGUUAGGAUUGCCAAAAAACCUGCUCUUAUGCCUUUCACAGAAUCCUGAUGUGCAAAAAUAAGCAGGCAAAGCUUUUCAUGACAUAGAAUCAUUGAAUUGUAGAGCUGGAAGACAUGAAGAAGUGUUGUUGUUGUUUAGUCGUUUAGUCGUGUCCGACUCUUCGUGACCCCAUGGACCUGUGUUCACCUGUUAAUGACUGCAGGUCCUGCCUAGGAGCAAGAGGUGAUUAAGAAAAUUGGCAGCCCCAGUGAGGGUGAUCAUGGGGAGGAGAUAAUUGUCAAGCUUCAGUUAAACUUUCAUCUAGGCACCCCUCAACUGCAUAGUCCAUGGGACGAUUGCCCUGGAGCUUAUAUGCUCACACCUUUUGAGUCCCCUUCCAACUUUGUGAUCCUAUGACAGGGAGCCAUGGCCAAGCCUGGCUGCAAGAUGAACAUGCCACAUGUGCUUGUGAAUGUGUUUGCCAUGCUCCCAAAUUUCAUUUUUAUGUGUAUGGUUACCUAUAAAAACAACAGAAUAAUGGGGAAAGGGCCACCUGAAAACAACCUUUCCCCAGCCAAGCUUUCUUGGGGCCAACACCAGCUGAACACAUUGCUUCAAGGAGCUCUGCUCACAACCACUAGUCUGUGUACAAACACACACACACACACACACAUACGUGUCAGCUGGCAGAUCUGCUUGGCUCUGCUGUCUCAGACUGGGCAGCCUCUAUCCAACAAGCUUUCAGUUUAUCGGCUGCUAUUCUUCUGCUUCUCCCUUCCUCACUUUCUAUCUGUUGAUAGGUUCCUAACAUUAUGACAGCCAUUCCAGAUUGCCUUCUUGGGAAUCCCCUUUCCUUAGGCAGCAGGCCCCAAAUCCCAAGUUACAGGUUUGAGGCCUCAGAUCCUAAAAGCUUUCUUUGUAUCUGGCAGGUACAUGACGUGCCCAUCUCAGACCGUGAUCUGGCACGUGAAUGCAGAGCCCAACUGAAGAAGCUGCGCGCAUCUCGGCCUGACUUCCAGUACAGCCCAGAACUUCGGCUGUCUGGCUCAAAGGCCAUCUUUGAUGCACAGCAGCUGGAGUACACGCAGAAUGACAAGGAGGAUCCUGGAAGCCGCACCCAUACAUUUACCAUCCCCCAGAUCACGGUUGAUCCUCCUCCUCCAUCCCCCAAUGAGAAGAAGAAGCUGGAGAAGGCUUCUGAAGCACCAGGCCAGAAGAAAAUGAAGACGAGAAAGAAGCCAGAUACACGAGGGAAGACCUUUCACUUCAUGCCACGUCCCACCAGCAGAACAGAGGGAAGGCUGGAGCCAGACGUUGUAGGAAGGAAGUCUUCCUUCUAUGUAGAUACAUGAUUCUGAACGUGGAUCUGAAGAGGUUCUGAACAGAGCUAGGCCUCUGCAGGGGAAACAAAAUCCAAGCCUCUAUCACUGCCCUGGUUUCAUUGUGCAUGUGAUCAUCUGUAGCACAUGGUGCCUUGAAGCCUGUGCUCAGUUUUUAAAAAGAAAGACUCAACACUUCCUCAUUCAGGAGCCCUGCUCCUUAAGCCCUGAUGUGUGACAGUGCAUGGAGGGAGACGCCAUCCUUCCUACCCUUGGCGGCAGACAUUUUACCUACAGAUUUAGGAGGUGGGUAUUAUUUGGCUAAAAGGGGUAGGGGUUAGGGUUAGGGUAAUGUGGAUUUCAUUGAGGGGAGCCCCUCUACCUUUCUCCUGGAUGUGUGGAAACUGGCACUCACCAUAUAGCUAAUGAUAAAUCUAUGCCAGGUGAGACGGCACCUCAUCAGUUCAGACCUCAAAAUGAUUGCAAAGCCACUGUGUGACAAGAGGGUGUUAAAAGUCAAUGGAAAACAGCAGCUGGGAAAACCAGGACUGCUGGAAACAAGAGCCAGGAAUGCCAGCUAUGGAAAUGGUUUGGGACAAUCAUCAUCUGCAUUCUCAGGAACUGAGUGAGCAAAUGGUGUUACUAUCAGAGAAAAGGCCUGGUGUGCAAAUGCAUAUACAUGCACAUAUGUCAUUCAGACUCAUGCAGCCAGGUGGCCCCUGUUGCCAGUCAAGAGAAGAAGAGGAAGGUGGCAGUGUUAUAACUAAAAUAACACACACUAUGUUUCCCCCAAUCCUUAGUUUCUCAUACUAAUAAGAUACACAUCGCUGCACACAAGGAUUUCCCCACUCAAGCAGCAGGCAUAAGAGCUAGUGGGGAGGGGAGGUUCUGGAAAACAGUGUCAGGUUUUAUCAAGGCUAGCUCGCAUCCAGAAUGUAGCUUUAAUAGAGUAUCUCAUUUUGUUUUUAAAAAGAUGUAGCCCCCAACAGCAUGGCAAAAAUUCUUUUAGUUCCUCCUGUGAGCAGUAGCACACACAUGCCUGAAUAAUAACACCACAGAGGAGAAACUUGCCAUGGCCUGGGCGAUUCCAUCACCCCACCCGCACCCCAGAUAAAUGUUAUCGUCCUUGCUAGUGGUAACUAGUUUAGUCCCUUGUCAGAUUAUGUGGAGAGAGACACCAGAGCACCUGCAGGGAUGUCUUCCCAGCUAAUCCCCUCCUCAACCUGGCCUGACACCUGCACCUGUUCGGCUCCCCCCAGCAUUAGUGCUCAAACAGGAUUAAGUCCACCCUGCAAAUUGCACAAGGUUUGGAAGUCUCUCCCUAUGACAAGGCAUGGGCCUGAGAGUAGAUGAAUAUACUGAGUGAGCCACAGAUGUGAUCCAGUCCCAGGCCAUUAGGAGGAAAGGUUACAACAUUGAUGUCUUUUUGACAUUUCAAGUCAAAACGGAAGCUGGCCAGCUUGUGUGAGUCUACACUUUUUAAAAAACUGUAUGAGUCCUCCUGACUCCUAGCUAUGGGGUGGGGCCAAUUUGUAUUUCUUGGUCUUCAAUCUGUCUCCCAUGUAGCGGUGGCAGGCUGUAAGCCUUCCAGCCAGGCCUCUACCGUUGCGCACACAUGGGUUUGUGCGAGGGUCCUUCCAAGUUGCCCUAGUCAUCCCCCUGAAUCUUAAGAAAAUGAGGGAGGCAGGGGCACAUUUAUUUGGCCUGCACCAGAACCAGGGACAACCCCCAAACCACCUAGGGGACAGCUUGUCAUAGUUUUUAGCACCUCUGUGGGCCCUGAAUGCAGCUGUUGUCAAACCAACAUCUGUUGAGGGCUGCUCAGAGUCACCUGGCAACUUACUGUAACAACUUCAUGGUGGGUUCCAGCACCUAUUUUUAUUGAAAAAAGCACUGAGCAAGACCUUUUGGGGUUUUAAUGCUGUGCGCCCCUCCAUCUUAGGCUGAGGUUGUAUAUAUGUGUAAAUAAACCAUACUAUAUAUCACUGAGACACCACAGUCUCCACUGUCCCCCAUUCCAAGGAAACUGAACCCGGGGCCUAGAACCCCUGAAAUCUCGCACGACUCGCAGGGUGGGGUGGGGUGCAACAAUAGAACUGCUGGGGCCUAGGAGCAUAAGGCCAAAAGCAAAGCACAAAUCCAGGUUCUAGCAGGGAUAACUGGAAACGGGUGUGGCAGUUAUAGGGGGAGAGGCCAAUCAGGAACUAGCUCAGAAUCAGCUGACUUGCUUAGUGGAAUGAGCAGGAAUGGUUGGCAGAGCACGGUGCAUGGAAUGAAUGUAGACAGUGAAACUUGGCUCAUUAUUUUACACUGACAAAUUCCAGAGGGGUAAAAGCCGUGUUGGUCUGUUGCAGCAAAAACAACGGUGACAAAACUUACUAAUUGCCAGCCAGGGACAUACGCAAGUUAUUAAAAUGGGAAUAUAUAAAUCGACCACAAGGUGUCUCUGUGUUGUGUAGAAAUAGCGCAAGUUGUGGUUUAAUUGGGCAGGGAUCUGUUUGAUUUCAGUCUGUAGCUCUUUGCCUUACAAGGACUUUCUGCACCUUGCUGUGAUCUCUAUCCGCUCCUCUCCAUUCUCAGUGGCGAUGGCAUGGCAUUGUGCUGCCAAAGGAGAAAUAGAUAAUUAGGAUCCCAACUUGUGGCUCCCACUGUUGCCUAUUGCGGGACCCAUUUCAGCUGUGAGACAAACGGGUUUCAGGUUACAUACAAGGAAUGAGGCUCUCCUUUGAACAGUGAAGCAGAUCAUGGAUUGACACGUGCAGAACUUUCCUCAUGUUUACAGAUGCCUUGUAAUAAUACAGCUCACAACAUCUUAAACCAUUUUUAAAAUUUUACUAUUAUUUUUUGGCAGAAGGGAGAGAAUAAUCACCUGGUUGUCUGGAGUUCUACUCCACUAUCUGUAUAAGAUGAUAAGAAGCAAAAUCCUUUACCUAGAAUACUGCCUCUAGUUCAGCUUACACUUCUUCUAAGUUGUCCAUCCUGACUUCUCAGGAAUCCCAGAACUCUAUGGAAUACCGAAUGAAAACUGCCACUGUGGUCUUAGUUGAAGAGAUUGAAAAAGAGAGCCUUUUCACCCCAGUGCAGUUCUGGGAGGUGGUGUGCUUUUUUUCCUCCCCAGGGGAAGGGUCGCAACACACAGGCCCAACUAAAGAUUUAUAGAAGCCUUCAGCAAAGUGCACCAUGGUGGAGCCACUUCUUAGUCAGAGCUCCCCACCCAAGCCAUGGGAUCACCUGGCAGUGGCAGCAGUGGACAGCCAUUUAAAUUCCCCACCCACCCCAAAAUAUAGCAUUGCCCCAGGGCAUUGUGGGAAAUUAAAAUGGUCACCUGCAACUGCCAAGUAAGCCAACAGCCAGGUGCCCAGGGUGGGGGAGAGGAUUGGUGAAAUGUGCCAGUUUGGCAGCUGCAUGAAGGUGCUGGGUGCUGUCAGUAGAACACACACACCCAGUAGAGAUGUUACUUUGAAAACUCUGGAAAUACUGGUGUGUUUUAUUUUGUUACAUUUAUACUAGAUGUGGAAAAGUUCAGGAAGGGAGAGUGCUGCUGCACUCAAGUCCUGCUUGUGGGCUUCCCAUGAGCGUCCGGCUGGCCACUAGGACGUUGGACUAGAUGGGCCAUUAGCCUGACCCAGAAGGGCUGCUCUUACGUUCUUAUGGCCUGUGCUUUCUCCAAGGAUCUCAGGGCAACGUACAGGAUUUCACACACUCCUUUACACAUACUGUACAACAUAUCCUUAUAACAGCCCUAUGAUGUAGGCUAGACUGAGGAAGAGCUGCUGGCCCAAGGUCAACCAGUGAGAUUUGUGGUAGACUGGGGAUCUGAACUUGGGAAUCUCUAGCCCUACUGUCUAACUACUGUCACCACGCUUGGUGAUGAAAGCAGAACUUUCAUUGUCCCUAGUCACAUGCAUAAUUUCAAGAGAAGAUGUGGCUAUGUAAACUCCCAACUGGUGUAAGUAGGGAGUCAGGUGUCCUCAGAGUGGACUGACUCAGCUGCUCUUCCCAACUGUCACAAAUUCCUUGUGCAACCUUGGGGAGGUCACGUUCAUGUCAAUGAGCAUCAGGUUAGAGCUUUGUCUGUUGAGUAGGGAUAAUCCCUUGCCUGAACACCAGCUUGAAACGCUCUGCCACUCUGAUGAGAGAUGCUACACUUCAGCAAUGAUUGGGGGGGUGUGCGUUGGACAUUUUUAAAAAUUUGAGAGCAUUCCAUACCAUAUUGCAAUGACAUAAAUAAAGUGGGAUCUGAUUUAGCAUGCUUACUUGACUUAGUAACCGAAACAUUGGAAAGUGCAGCCAUGUUAAUUUUACAUGCCUACUUAUUUGUUUGUUUGUUUGUUUGUUUGUUUGUUUGUUUGAAAACGUAUAAUCUGCUCUUUCAUAAAAUAUAACAAGGCGCUUACACUU